CUAACUUGACGCUUCGGUACGGAAAAGCAGCGAGUUGCAGCGACACGUCUGAAGAGAGUGGAGGAGAAGAGGACGGAGGAUGAUGGGAGGGAACAUUACUCCCUUUAAGUGACCCAUAUCUCACAGCAAAGACUCAUUUUAUCCAGCCUACUUCUUGUUGUCGAGGAUUUCUCUCAGCCGACAUGUCUGCGUCGGCGAUAUUCAUCCUGGACCUGAAGGGGAAGGUUCUGAUUUGCCGUAACUACAUGGGCAACAUGGACAUGAAUCAGAUUGACAACUUCAUGCCCAUCCUGAUGAAGCGAGAAGAAGAGGCUGAGAUGUCGCCGCUGGUCAGCCACGGCUCCGCACACUUCUUGUGGAUCAAACACAGCAACCUUUACUUGGUGGCAAUGACCAAGAAGAAUGCCAAUGCUGCUCUUGUGUACUCCUUCCUUUAUAAAAUAGUACAGGUGUUCAAGGAGUACUUUAAGGAGCUUGAGGAGGAGAGUAUUCGUGACAACUUUGUAACGGUGUAUGAGCUGAUGGACGAAGUGAUGGACUUUGGGUUCCCUCAGACAACCGACAGCAAGAUCCUACAAGAGUACAUCACCCAGCAGGGCCAUAAGUUAGAGGUCGGGGCGCCUCGACCUCCUGCUACUGUCACCAAUGCUGUGUCUUGGCGGUCAGAGGGCAUCAAGUACAGGAAGAAUGAAGUUUUCAUGGAUGUCAUAGAGUCGGUGAAUCUUCUGGUGAGUGCCAAUGGCAGUGUCCUGCGCAGUGAAAUAGUGGGCAGCAUCAAGCUCAAAGUGGUCCUGUCGGGGAUGCCUGAGCUCAGACUGGGCCUCAAUGACAAAGUGCUGUUUGAGAUCACAGGCAGAGAGAAGAGCAAGACAGUGGAGCUGGAGGAUGUGAAGUUUCAUCAGUGUGUCCGUCUGUCACGCUUCGAGAACGACCGCACCAUCUCUUUCAUCCCCCCUGACGGCGAGAGCGAGCUCAUGUCCUACCGCCUCAACACUACAGUGAAGCCUCUCAUAUGGAUCGAGAGUGUGAUUGAGAAGUUCUCUCACAGCCGUGUGGAGAUCAAGGUGAAGGCUCGAAGUCAGUUUAAGAGUCGAUCCACUGCCAACAAUGUGUCUAUUCUGGUGCCAGUGCCCAGUGAUGCUGACUCACCCAAGUUCAAGACCAGCACAGGCAGCGCCAAGUGGGUGCCCGAGAAGAGCGUGGUGCAGUGGAACAUCAAAUCUUUCCCUGGGGGUAAGGAGUACGUGAUGAGGGCACAUUUUGGGCUGCCCAGUGUGGAGAGUGAUGAACUGGAGGCAAAGAGACCAAUCACAGUUAAUUUUGAGAUACCCUAUUUCACUGUGUCUGGGAUUCAGGUGCGUUACCUAAAGAUCAUAGAGAAGAGUGGUUAUCAGGCAUUGCCGUGGGUGCGCUACAUCACACAAAGUGGAGAUUACCAGCUCCGGACAAACUAAAGGGCACAGAUGCUGCUAGACGAAUGGAUAUUUUCUCUCUCUGUCUGUCUUCGUCUCUCUUCUCUCCAUUUCUCCGGCUCCCUGUCUGCGUCGGACAGCAGAGGACAAGUGCAGGAGGACAUAAGAAAUCUUUUUCUCUCUCUGAAAGGAAACAGGACAUCUUCCCUUCCUCUGAAACUCACGCAGACAGGAAAGGGUGUUGCAUCAUCUCUGACCUGUAUACUUUUUUCUCCAGACUUCCUCAGGACUCCAAACAUUUUAAUAUGCGAAUAGUGAACUGAUAACUCUGUGACACUGUCUGCUUCUGGCAAGAUCUAAUUUCCUCACUUUUAAUGUGAUUUCCCUCCAGGUUCAUUUGGGCCACAGUUUAUGAAACCAAACAUUUUUUUUUAAAUCUAGCUUUCUUUAGAAAGGGAAAAGUUUAAAAUAUUGUGGUGAAGUCUAUUUUGGGUACCCGACUUGUCCACUGUAGGUUUCUACUGUCUUAACAUGUAAUCCAGCUAACUGCAUAAUGCCGACAUACAGGUACUGUGAUGGGUUAUUGUCAGCUCGUAUUUCUCAGAGGGCCAUUAUAUUGCAGAUUGGGUGAUUUUGUAAAUUGAAAGUGUGCCAUGUACGCUAAUAGAACAUUUUCCACAGUUUCACAAAAUUGGUCAGCAUUUUUAACGAUUAGGGGUUUUUAUUCCUCAUAUGCUUUGUCCUUAAUAUCGACUUUAAUAACCAAACACACUCCAUUAGCUCAGUUGUCGUUUAUCAUCUGUCUCAAAGGUAUAUUUUUUGCUCGAAUCUCUCUAUUAUACAUUCAUUGCCUUAAAAAACUGCCUAUGUAUCAUCACCAUUAGCACUGUGAACAUAAUCUCCAGUGCGCUGAAACUAACACCAGCGACCGGAUCAAUGAUUAAUAAGGCACAAUAUUGUCAGAGGCAUUGGCAGUGUAACAUAAUACCGUAGACAUACUCCCAUGGGGCCUGUAACCUUGUCCUUGUGCUCGAAAUCAGCUUGCAGCUUUGAGGCACAGACUGAAGGAAUGAGCACAGUGCAGAUAUUUUUUUUUUAUAUUAUUAUCUGUUGUUUAUACUGUACUGGAUAGUCCCUUGUGGACAAAAGCUUUGAAGGACAACAAAAGGGGAUAAGGUAGGAGGUAGGACAAAGGUAAAAUAACCUGAAGAGAUUUCUCGGCAGAAUCUGAGAAAAUUGACAAUAUGUUGAAGUCUUUUUUUUGUAUGUGUCCCCUGCAGGCUUCUGUACGUCUUCAGAGCAAUUUGUGGUGUAAUUCUCUCCCUCUAUUGUGCAUGCAUUGCACCACUUCAGUUCAACUACACUGCUGACAGCACAGUCCUAAGUCUUUCUGUUACCACAUGUCAAAACCCUCUAUUGCAAUCACACCAUUAUCUACGUGGGGCUCAGACAGCAGUGAGGAUUUUUAAUAAGUGCGUGUCAUCAUGUGUUUUCAUUAAUUUAUCAACCACUGUUUGUCCACAGGAAACAAAGGGAUAUAUUUGGAAAUAAACUUUUUUUGUAUCUUG